CUCUCACUCUUGCCGCCCAUAACUCCGAAGAGGGACCAUGCACAGCUGAGAAUUUAUGUUUAUAAUAAAAGCUUGUAGGAUUCCCCCCUUUGGUUUAAAUUUUCAGUAACUGGCUUAAGUGAACGUCUGAGAAUCGCACCGAGUUAUCCAGGGACAGUUCACUCGGUUUCUAAAGGAACAACGGGCGGGCUGGAGGUUUCGGGCUAAUCAAUCGCGCUAAAGAACUUAAGGUUUGGCGUUGACUAGCCGCUUAUGGAACCACCCAAGCAGAGUUUCAAGAGAUCGAAGGUCGAGUCCCAGGAUACGAAAUACAUACGCCGUACAUAAUAUAUCAAUAUUGCCAUCAAGAGAACUUCUUCAUCUCGCAUCUCCCUGCAGCUUGAUAUUGCACUACCAUACACACACCUACACCUCUCAGCCGCAUCACAUUGAACAGAUCACGAGGAGUCCGCCCGCCACAGAACGAAUAUCACGUGUGGCAUAUAGACCUGGCAGUGGCGGCGAAGAUCGAGGAGGCCUCGCCCAGGAGAGAAGAUGGUGAUGCCAACGAACACUAUUGUGCAGAAUUACGGGCCGCCGUUUGCAGUGCACGGUGAUGUGGACAACCUGAAGUUCUCGCGUCAGAUCAAGGAGGAAGCGAUCAGGAAUGGCAUCAAGAAGCCCAAAGGAUACACUGUGUCUUGGCACUUAAAUCCCGAGAUUGAGAGGCACCACUUUGGACGUUCGCAUCCUAUGAAGCCAUGGCGGUUAACGUUGGCGAAGGGCCUCAUCACAUCAUAUGGCAUGCACUAUGCCAUGGACUCGUACGUCUCGAGAAAGGCCACACCGGAGGAACUGGCGGAAUUCCAUACGCAGGACUACUUGGACUACUUGAAGACAGCCAUGCCGUGUGAACCAGUCUCAUACCCAAGCCAUCCCCACAAUCUCGGUGGCGACGAUUGUCCUAUAUUCGAAGGCCUGUUUGAUUACUGCUCGAUGUAUGCCGGCGCAUCCAUAGACGCUGCCAGGAAACUUUGCAACCAUCAGUCGGAUAUUGCCAUUAACUGGUCAGGUGGUCUACAUCACGCAAAGAAGUCAGAAGCUUCCGGUUUUUGCUACAUGAACGAUAUCGUUCUUGCGAUCUUGCAGUUGUUACGCCACCAUCCGCGUGUGCUGUAUAUCGAUAUUGAUGUCCACCAUGGUGAUGGCGUCGAAGAGGCGUUCUCCUCGACCGAUAGAGUUAUGACCGUGUCAUUCCACAAAUACGACAAGGACAAUUUCUUCCCUGGCACUGGUCCUCUCAACAGUACAGGCCCAGAGGAUGAACAUAACCCUGGCGCCCACCACACUGUUAACGUCCCUCUCAACGACGGCAUAGACGAUGAGCAAUACACUUCCCUCUUCAAAACCGUCAUCCAGAGUUGUGUCGACCGGUUCCAGCCAUCAGCAAUUGUCCUACAAUGUGGUGCCGAUUCCCUUGCCGGUGACCGUCUUGGGCCUUUUAACCUCCAAGUCCAAGGCCACGGCGCCUGCGUCGCCUUCUGCAAGUCUUUGCGCCUGCCCCUCCUACUCGUCGGUGGCGGCGGGUACACUCCUCGUAACGUCGCCCGAGCCUGGACCAACGAGACCAGCAUCGCUAUCGGCUGCGACGCGACGCUGAACCCCAUUCUCCCGAAUCACACGCCCUACCGCAACCACUUCCGGCAAACGACCCUCUUUCCCACCCCAGACGAGCUGCUCACGGAGAGCCGCUUGAACCGCAAUACCCCUAAGCGCAUCGCGGAGAUCGUGGCGAGUAUUAAUGAGGAACUUCGCUUCGUUAAUCACGCGCCGAGUGUUCAGAUGCAAGAUAUACCGCCUGAUUUAACGGGGCUGAGGGAUGAGGUCGAAGAUGAAAUAAGAGAGAAUCGGGAAGACAAGGAUGAGGACUACCGGAAAGAGAAAGAGGAGGCGGUUGGUGUAGAUAUGGAGUUGUGAGGGGCCGGUUAGGCUAGGUGGGAUUUUCAGCUGGAGUUCGGGGUUAUGGCCACCGCGUAAUACAGAGCGGGACAUGGGGUUGGAGUUGCAGCUGUCUUAUUUUGUUAGGUCAAUGUCGUUCAUCUAGACUCGAGUUUUUGACAACAGCGCCUCAAGCUAGUGGACAUUUUCGGCAUCGAAGUAGCAAGUAACUGAUUAUCUUGCCACGACGAAACAUAGUAUUGCUUACUGUAGUAAAGUUAUUAAAUUUAUUGUCUUAAUUUAAA